AUGCAGAAGGUUACAACAGGUGGAGAACCUUCAUAUCAGGAUAGAGAACCUCUAUCUGCACCCUCUAUUCCCGAUGGGACUGUUCGAUUCGCUGUCCAAACCAGCGAGAGAAUACCGCUGGUGGAACGGAUGGCUGCCAACCUUGCCCAUUACGCAGGCCAGCCCACAAAUACCCAUAUCUUCGGAACACCGAUUAAUCGCACAACAUCUCGAGCCUCUGAGGCCCCAGCUGCGAACAACACACCGUCCUCUUGGAUACCUCGUCUGGUGCCUUACGUCUCUGUCCCUCGACGUCAAAAAACAUUGUCGGUGAACGGUGCUUUGUCGAGCAGCCAAACACUCUGCAAGAGCUCCUCCAACUUGUCAGGCUCUACUACCGGAUCCCAAUCCUUUCGUGCCGCGGAUGUGCCGCUCGAAACACAGGGCACUGCAGGCCGCCAGAUGGCCUGUGUUUACCAGUUCUUGAACACAUGCGUACCCCCGAUGACGCAUUUCUUCCAGCGUUUUAUCGAUUUCGGCUGCACAACCGAGAAACACCUAUUGGGCAUCUCGCUGCUUUCUAGAGACAAGGUAGAGCUUUUCUUGAAGCAGCUCCCACCUGCACCUGAUGGCACGCCCAUGUCGCCGAUGGAGGUUUUCAUCCUAUGCGAGCAAUUCUAUGCCUAUAAAUAUAGUUAG